AUGUCUUUCGCCCAACUCAGUUUCAUUCCCGUGAUAGUAUUAUCACAUCUCUUGCCCACCGCGAAGACCCACGGAAAGCAGCAAUUACUUCAAAUCAAGGUUUUAUCCGAAGAAAAUACAAUUCUCGGUCGACUCUUUCUACCCGUCCUCUCCCCAAUGCGCGAAGUCAACGAUAAUGAAGCGAUAGAUGAAAGCACGUCCUCAGAUGAUGAAAACGCUAGCGCUUCAUCUGCCAGUACAUCAUCCUCCGCGUCACUUUUAGAGGUCCCUAGCCUAGCAGCUAACACAGGUUCGACGACAAAGUCACUUGAUUUCCAGAAUCUAGCAACAGAAUUAUCAAAGUUGUUAAGCUCGUCGACCAAGGACAACAAAGCCAAGAAAGACCCCCCCAAAGGCCUUGACGGUAAACCUCAAGUCCACAGCAACAAACAUUAA